UAUGGAGAUCAUUUUGCCAAUCUCAGUUUCUCCUAUGUGAGACACACAGUCGUAGUCAUAGAGAGGCGGUUAUUUGUCAUGAAGAUGUGGAACUAUCUUGAUGAAUACCAGGUAUCACCCUACUGUAUACACUGUAUAUCUAUAUAUUUGUUUUAUGGCUCUCUGUCAGUUCUUGGUAACACAUAAUCUGACUGUUUAUGGCCUCUGUUCAUAUAAGAAACCCCUAACAGCGGAGGUGCAUCACACACUCUGCAGCAGCCUAUCCGGAGGUGUCACAGACAAAUACAUGGGUAAGAGUGUUUGGCCAGCUGUGGAGAAACUGAAGCCAAGAGCUGGGAUACAGUACACAGGUCCUCACACACUCAGGUGGAAGCUCAUCAUAAAAGCCUUCAUCUCCUGGACUCGUCUGUUUGACAACACAGGAGAGUUCAUUCUGUGAUAAGAAGAAGGAUUUGGUUUUUACUCCAGCCAUGAUGAAGCUACGCUCACUAAGAGUGAGAAAUGCCCUGGUGCGAGAGUGUAUGGCUGAAUUUUUGGGAACUUUUAUUUUGCUGCUCUUUGGCUGCUCGGCUGCAGCCCAGGUGAAGACCAGCGGCGAGACUAAAGGCCAGUUUCUGUCGGUCAACAUGGCCUUUUCUGUUGGCGUCAUGUCGGCCAUGUACCUCACCAAGGGCAUCACCGGAGCUCAUCUGAAUCCAGCUGUGACUUUGAGUUUCUGUGUGGUGGGCCAAGCUACCUGGGGAAGGCUGAUUCCCUACAGCCUCUCACAGCUGCUGGGGGCUUAUGUGGCAUCUGGGCUUGUCUACAUGAUCUACUAUGAUGGUAUCAUGCAUUUCAGUGGAGGAGUGUUGACUGUAUACGGUCCAAACGAGACGGCGUCUAUAUUUGCCACAUAUCCUACAGAAUACAUGACUUUGGGCAGAAGUUUCCUUGAUCAGGUGGUGGCCACCAGCAUGCUCAUGUUGUGCAUCCUGUGUCUGGGCGAAAAGAGAAACACCCCGGCUCCGCCAGAGCUAAUUCCUGCUGUGGUGGCAGUGAUUGUCCUGGGGAUCUCCAUGUCAAUGUCGGGUAACUGCGGUGGGGCAAUAAAUCCUGCUCGGGACCUUGGGCCACGCCUGUUUACUCUGACUGCAGGCUGGGGCACUGAAGUCUUCACUUGUUACAACUACUGGUUUUGGGUUCCUCUGGUGGGUCCAUUCGUUGGAGGUGUUUUAGGAACUUUCAUGUAUAUGAUCUUCAUCGAGUUGCACCUGCCUGACCCAGAUCCCCCGGAGGACAUCUCUCCUCUCUUCAUAAUCAAUGGCAAGGAGUCACUCACCACACAGCAAAAUGGACUAGAACUAAAAGCUGCACAUUUCUAAACGUUACUGGAAUAGAUAUGUACCCCCUUCAUAACCCAGCCAGGAUAAAGGCAGAGGCAGCUGAGAGAGAGAGAGAGCGAGAGAUGCUGAUUGUCCAAUAACAUUGUUUACAUUAAUACCUGUACUCUUUACAAUAAUAAUAAUAAUAAUUUAUCAUUAAUAAAUUAUUUAUUAACUGCAUUUUGUUUGUGACAUCUGUCAGAAGCAUUCAUUUAUAAGAUUCAGUAACGUUUAAUUGUGAAAUAAGCCAUCGUGAUCAGAAUCACCCUGUUUUAUUCAGCUUCAUUGUUGCUAUGCUGAUUUUGUGCAAAUGUGUGAACGACAUACUGCAGGUGCAGUAGUUUUCCAAAGCACUCCCAAGUGACGUUAUCUUAUCUUACUUAACGGUCCCAUUCUUCUUGUGAGGAAGAAUACCACAAGCAAAUUGUUUUUUUUUUGCUUUUUGUAUGUCAAGAAUGAACUGGUUCUGGUGGUUAGGUCACUGUGUCCUCAUGUUUUUAUGAGCGUGAUAUGAUAUACAACAAUACUUACAAGACAUGUGAUUCAAUUUGGCACACAUUUCCUCUUGACCUGAUUAGAAUUUGGUGGUCAAAUGUCAAGGUGACUUUAUCUCUCAAAACUCUUGUUGCCUUGUGACCUUAUUUUCAAAUUCACCCAAACUGUUUAGACUGUUUUGACCUUUCAAACAUCCAAUUCAUUUUAGGUGCAUUACAUAACUCAAGGUGCAUUUUACUUGGGAAAAUAUAGCGUGUAAACUGAAAAGGCACAAGACACACAGCUGGGUUAGGGUCACUGAAACAUAACAUAUUUUUAAUUUGCACCUUAUGCAACUGAAACCAGUUAAUGUGAUUCUCUGCAUGACUUUUCUAUUUACAUCAGCACAGUGACAUUUCACACAGCAGGCCACAGUUUCACUCAAUGACACACAAGAAAAGAAUUGCUUUUUCUAUAUCUAUUCUUGUCACCUUUACAUGAACAUUUUGCAGCAUCUGCUUUACAUUUUUACUGUUAAUGACAAUAUUAAUUAAUAAUAAUAAAUUUAAUAUUAUGUUGUUAAUAUUUUCCAGACAGUGACAGUAAAACCAUUCCAUGCUUCCCUCUUGAUAAAAACUAUAUUUUUUAACCA